AUGGAAAACAAAAUAUCUAACACAAUUUAUAAACAUAUUGAAAAUAAUCCACCAGUUGAUCGUCGUAUUUUGUCAAUUCAAAGUCAUGUGAUACAUGGAUAUGCUGGCAAUAAAUGUAGUGUAUUUCCAAUGCAGCUACAUGGUUAUGAAGUGGAUCCGAUUAAUUCGGUACAAUUCUCUAAUCAUUCAGCAUACAAAUUGAUGCGAGGUCAAAUAUUGGAUGGUUUGCAAUUAAGUGAUAUUUAUGAAGGUUUGAAACUGAAUGAAAUUAACAACUACUCACACAUUUUAACAGGAUAUUGUAGGAAUUUAUCAUUUCUGCAAGAAGUUGUUAAUAUAGUCAAAGAUUUGAAGCAGAGAAAUCCAGAUAUUCUUUUCUACUGUGAUCCUGUAAUGGGCGAUGACGGCAAUUAUUAUGUUCCGAAAGAGUUGAUGCCAGUUUAUCGUGAUAUUGUAAUUCCUUUGGCUGAUGUAAUCACACCAAAUGUUUUUGAAUUAUCUGAACUAUCUGGUUUAUCAAUAAAUAAUGAACGAGAAUGUUUGGAAGCAAUUGAUUUAAUGCAUAAAUGUGGUGUUAAAAUAGUGGUUGUUUCAAGUGGUCUGGAAACAUCAACUACAAAAUUUUGUUAUGCAUCUGUUUCCAAAGGCGCAAAUGAACGAGCAUUGCAGUAUCGUUUUGAUAUACCAAUAUUACCAGGAAAAUUCGUAGGUACUGGUGAUGUUUUCAUCAGUUUACUCCUUGUUUGGAUGGAUAAAUUGGAUGGUGAUAUUGCAUUAGCUAUUCAAAAUGUUAUUGGUACUUUACAGGGUAUAUUAAGACGAACUGCAAAUAGAGCUUAUUAUCAGCGAAAUCCGAAAGAAUAUAGUCCAACAUCGGAGGAAUUGGAAUUACAAUUGGUGCAAAGUCGUUUAGAUAUACUUGCUCCACAAGUUACUAUUAAAUCAACAAAACUUUAG